GCGCGCCCACCCUCACAAAUCCCUGUGUCGAGCCGGUACCUAUUGUCUCGUGAGCGCGCACCGGGCAGACAGAGAAGGCGGUCGUCAGUGCGGAGGUGGCAGCGGGAGCGCGCACGGUACACUAGGGCACGGAGUAUACUAGCAUAAAAGCAAUGCGGUCACUGUUUACGCACCCAGCGCACGGCUCGGUACACAUAUAGCAGCUCUAUACACAUUAUAUACGUACUGGGUUAACGCUCCACGCUUUCUGCACAUCACUGACCCGUUCCAGCCAUGGAGUUUGAUUUUGACGUCCACAAAAUAUUCCUGGAGCCCAUCACCAAACUGGACUCCUCGCUCAUCCCGCAGCGGCGGCCGCUGGUCUCCAGCUCUGAGGCUCAGAAGCAAAUUACCGCCGUCAUAGACGAGAUCGGGAAGCUGUCCGCCAAGGCCCAGAGGUUACCUGCUCCAAUAACCAGUGCCUCGCGCAUGCAGAGUAACAAGCAUCACCUCUAUAUCCUGAAAGACUGCACCCCAAAAACAGCUGGACGAGGAGCUGUGAUCGGUUUCCUGAAGGUUGGAUACAAAAAGCUCUUUGUAUUGGACCACUCAGGAUCCCAUAUAGAAGCAGAGCCCCUGUGUAUCCUAGACUUCUAUAUUCACGAAUCCCUUCAACGCCAUGGAUUUGGGAAAGAGCUCUUCGGCCACAUGUUAAGGGUGGAGCAGGUAGAACCUCAGCAUCUUGCCAUUGACCGGCCGUCCGAAAAAUUCCUGUCCUUCCUGAGGAAGCAUUAUAACCUCCGCUCCACAAUCCCGCAGGUUAACAAUUUUGUGGUGUUUGAAGGUUUCUUCAGAGAUCACAGAGCCCCAGUAAGGAAGCUACCAUCCAAAAGGACGGAGGGAGAUAUAAAACCGUACUCGCUGUCAGAGAGAGACUUUCUAAAGCAAGAGGAAGGUCUUCCAUGGCCAUUCAGCCAAGCACAAUCCACGCUUAAUCGCGCCAGCAGCCUCGGUUCCUCUCCUACGCGGGCCUCUUCUCGGCCGCUUCCGGGCGAAGGCGACUUUGUGAAGUCCCUUAGAGUCUGUCGCCCUCACUCCCUCCACAGGGCGGCCAACGGCGACCACGAGGACGCUUCCCGCAGGAGGAGAACCAGGGACGGGAACCUGUCUCGCGGGCUGAUGGCUCAGAGGAGCAGCUACAGCCGACACUGCAGCCCCCCUCUCAUCACCAGGGGGCAGCCUUUGGCUGAAAAAGAAAAACCCGCAGAAGCAGAAAACAGGGCGCGUGGAGGGGCUCCUCCUGAGAGUUCUGCUCAUUCGGUUGAACUUCCUCAAAGCCACCAGCCGUCCCAGUCUGUCCACCGGAAUUCUGAGCCGCCGCUGAGAGUUCAGCCAGGACUGGAGACGAUGGGAGCUUCGGGGAGUCCCGUUGGGGAGCGGAGCGUCUCGGACGUUAAAUCUCCUUGGGACCGGCAUUCCUGGACCGUGUUGGGGACGGUGAUGAAUGCCCAGUGGGUGAGAAGGAAGCAGGAACUUCGGGGAACGCGCCCUUGGUGAGAGAACGGCCACCAAGAAACCAAGACGACCAUGACGCCUGCCUGGCACUACCGCACUUUUUAUAUUCUACCACUUAUUUUUAACGCAAAAUAAACUUUUAUUCUUUUGCA